AUGCUUGCGUUGAGGACAUCUGUUGGCUUGACGAAGAAUUUGUUUACAAGAAGACUACAUAUUUCGCCGGUUCUUUUGAAGAAGAAGCCAUCACAUAAGGGGAAGGGAGGUCCUGUAGAGGAUGAAGAGAUUGAUAUUGUGAAUCCUUCCAUUUAUGUAGAUGAACUUGUAUCAAAAUUUGAUAAAUCUUUGGAGUUAUAUAGCAAAGAGCUUACAGAUAAGAGGAAAGGUAGCGUCAAUGCAAAUAUCUUUGAUAAUCUGAGUCUGAAGAAUGGCGCGCUAUUUAAAGAGAUGGCUUCAACAACAUUAAAGGGCAAGGGCUCUUUACUUGUGACUGUUUUCGAUCCUAAUGAAGUGAAAAACAUCGUAAGUGCUAUUUUAGCAUCUGGACAAAACUUAAAUCCAGAAAGAGUGCCUACAAAUAAUCAACAAUUGAAGAUUCCUUUACCUCCACCGACGGCUGAAUCUAGACAAAAUCUUUGUAAAGAAUUAAAGACAGUGUUUGAGAAAUAUAAACAGUCACCCUCAAAAAACUCUUUAGGCCACAUAAGAAAUGAAGUAAUGAAGAAACUCAAAAGUUUACAAAAAAAGGAUGAGUCGGUAAAGAAGAUUAUUCAAAACGUUGAAAAGGUACAUAAAGAUUAUGUUACAAAAUUGAGUGAGCAAUUGAAGCAGGCUGAAAAAUCUGUUAUGGGUCAAUAG